UGUACUAUGUUUCUCAUAGCUGUGGCCGGUGAGGGGGGUGUUAUUUUGUGGUCGGCGCUGAGCCCGCACGCCCUGCCUGCCUGGCUGUUGUUGUGUUGUCUGGGGCGGGUGGUGGGGGUUCAGUCAUACAAGAGUUGUCCCAAUACCAACUACUAGCUAGCUAGCAGGUUAGCCUUUUCUGUUUCAUUUAGCAGAGACUCUUACCAUGCUACACGCGUUCAAACCUGCACUCUAAAUAUAUCUAGAUACAGCAAACUGCCUCUCCAGUGUGCUCUAGCUGCAGCCCCGGUUGAUUAAGAAAGCUCACUUUCCCAACAGGGAAUUAAACGGGUUUUUUUAUAAGUCGCUAGCUAGCUCAGUAGUGAUGAGAUGCAUCCUUGUGUAAACUAGGCAUCAUGUUUGCUUUUGCAAGAUCACAAAACCACUUGCUUACAAGUAAGAGUGACUCACAACCCAAAUGAUUUUCAGCUUAAUGAUAAAUGGAUUUAAUGAAAGCAAACGUGCUCCACUAAAGUCAUGAAUAACAGUGUUUGCUACUAUCAGAGGUUUCAUGCAUGAUCUAAAUGUGUUUAUCUGCUACAUAUAUAUAUAUAUUUACAGCCUACGUGAUGUUACUUACAUAUCACACUCCAAUGGCAUAACGUUAUUCUCUGUUAGAGUCAGUUUGGGGUUAUGUGCAUUGUGGUUUUAUGUUAAUUUGGAUUGUAAAUAGAUGUAAACAUUCCCCAUUGAGUUUCUGGACAUCUUUAAGUUAAUGGCCAAACUGCUACUAGCCCUAUUAAGUCUUCCACAGCAGGAGAAGCACGCUCUUUUUUUCCCCAUCGUUCUCCACCUUUUAAAAAUAAUGAGCAUGUUCUGAUCACAGACAUAUUUAUUCAGUUGUUGAUGGCAUCUAAACACUAAACUCGUUUACUGUAAAGUGUGUAGGUCUAACAGCUUACACAACUGCAGUCUUCCUGUUCUCGAUACAUUUUGUUGAACCAGUCACUCUAAGGAUAGAAAUUGCUAUCCCAAAUCCUAAAAAAUAGUUUCUCAAUAACUAGUUCACUAAGUAGUUAGUAAUCGCUCAAGAAGUUGGAUAUUUUCUGUGUCGCUUUAAUUCUAAAAUCAUUGCUGUGCACUAUUUAUAAAAUACUUAGAAUACAACAUACAAAAGCUCACUGACUGAAGGUAAAAGCUACUACAUUUUUCCUUUUCAGAAUAGUGCAAACAUGGAAGACAUGGGUGGAAAAUGUCACAAAUGUUUGUAUUGUAUGUAUAUAUUAUUCAUUUGUUAUUUUUACACUGUACCUACUAAUUGCAUGGAAUUAUGUUUGUUGUGUUCAGUGUUUAUCAUGCAGUGCUUUAGAAUUGCAUCAGAGGUCAGUGAGUAUAAAUGUUCAUUGCAUCUGCAGCCUCAGGACUAGUUUCAUUCCCUGAAAUCCAGUCCACUGUAUAGCGAUUGACAUGCUUCUGAACUAUUUAACACCCCAGUGAUCCAUCAAUUGGUUUGUGCUAUGAAACAUGACUUGGUCAAAAACAAAUGUAACUGUCUUAGAUGUAGACUUAUUUACGCCAUUAUCUGCAUGAAUAUGCUUUAAAGCGUCAGUAACAUAAGCACCAACUAGGCUAUAACUCAGUUUAGACAACAUCACAUGCUGCCUGUAUUCCACUUUAAGAUGCCUAUAACAAUGUUAUUUGAUAAGGUAGUUAAAAUUGUGUUUUAUAGUGCAUUUGCUGCUCUCAAACAGAAGCUCACAACACAUUUUUUAGAUACUCGUAUAUAUUUCACUAUCACCAUGUGUAGAAAGCAUUUGUUUGAUUAAUGUGUCAUACCUACACAGAUGUAUUUUUCUGUUUUUGACUGUUUUCAUUUGUCCCAUUGGACGUCAUUAUUUUUCUCUAUCUGCCUGUUUUCUGUCAACCAUGGUAACGUGGCGUGCACCAAACCAUUGGGGCUUCCUUGCCUGAUAAGUUGGACAUAUUAAUGCUGGACCUAAAUUUCUGGUGAUAUAUCCAGAUUUGGCGAUUUUUGUGAAAUCUGAAGACGUUGGUCUGAUUUUCAAGCUCCUUAUUCCAGCGUGUAAAAAUGUUAGCCUCAUGUUGUCAUGCCUCUACUUUCAGGCGUUGGCCCCUGAUGAUUUGGGUGGCCGUGGUCUCUUCUGUUACCCCUCAUCCUGAGUGAAGCCACCCCCCCCCCCCUUCCCCCAAACACACACGCAUUCAAACCACGGCGAUGACACACCAUUCCAACAGCUCUGUUCGAGACCAUAUGAAAUGGGAGUCACAUGCCCCUCUCUUUCUGCCAUGUCUGUCUGUUGUUUGUGUUGCCAGGCUGGGUUGCUGGGCUGCGAGGCGGUGCUGUCCAGCAUGGCCCUAAUGCAAGCCAACAACAUCCCUGGCCAGAAGAGGAUGAUGUCACCCUUGGGUCAAGGACAACGGGCCAGUCCAGAGAGCCACCAAACCCACUCGCAGCACAGCCACAACCACCAUGGACACCAGGUUCACCAUGGACAAGCCCACCACAGCCACAUGGGCCAUCCCUCAGGCGGGUCCUGUCCACCCCUGCUGAUCCGAAAAGACGGGGAUUAUCAUUCAUCAAGAAUGAUGGACGGAAAGGACAUGCAGGCAAAUCAGAACAUGCAACCCAAGAAGAAGCACAAAAAGUCAGGGUCAUCCAACAAAGUUAAAGAGAAAGUAGAGUUACUUCCACCAAUCAGUAUGGAUGAUGACAGUUCCUUGAAAGUUCAGAAGAACUUCAUCUGUGACCACUGCUACGGAGCUUUCCGGAGUAGCUACCACCUCAAGCGACAUAUACUUACACAUACAGGAGAAAAGCCAUUUGCUUGUGACGCGUGUGAUAUGCGCUUCAUUCAGCGUUACCACCUGGACAGACAUAAGAGGGUCCACAGCGGAGAGAAGCCGUACCAGUGUGAUCGCUGCCAUCAGAACUUCUCACGGACAGACAGGCUGCUGAGACACCGACGGCUAUGUACAGUUGGGAUCAGCAAAGAAGAAAACCAGUACUCACAAGAUGCAUCUGCCCAUCCAGCUUCAUGGAGCCCCCUACAGCCUUCCAACAACCGCCUGACCGUCUGACCCACCACUUCCCACUGAAACCCACAGAGACCCUACAGACAACAGCAGUCGUCACACAUUGGAGCUCAACAGUGCUGUCACUUAAACAGCCUAGCUUAAACACAACUUUAGUUUGCUUGCGCCAGCUCAUUCGUAGAGCUUGAUAGUGGAUUUUUGUACUUUUUUUAUCUACUGUUACAUUCAUGGGACAGGCAAAAGGGGAAGGAUGAAUACACGACCCUGGACAACAGGUAUUCUGGCAAUAAUUGAAUGAAACACACACAGUUCUGGUAUCUUUUGGUAUUGCUGUGAAGUGAUUGACUGGUUGAUCUGCAAUCAACCCCAGUGCUGCCCUCUACAACAUACGGACAGUUCACAAACGGACACACAUACUGUGUAGCUUUUUAGUGUUCAAGUCCUACUCAAUUUGUGUUCCUAAUUCUACUUACCAUGUACCAGCUACAGCUCCUAAGCGAAAGCUCACAGCAGACUUGUGGUCCAUGCUGUCGUGAGGUUGUGAUUAGCCACCUAUCCAAAGCUGUAGGCGCAACACAUCUGAAAUCACAUUUAAUGGACUUUUUGAUAACACUGACCUAAACAUGAAAGGGGAUUAUUACAGAGUGAAAUGCAAACUAGUCAUUCAUUUUUAUCUAAUAUACAUGAAAGCCCUUUUCCAACACACAAGUCUUAAAACGGAUCUAAAAUAAUUUUUUACCUGCUGUUCAUUCAGCUGUAAAACUGAAAAAAUAACUACAGUUGCAACCCUGUUGUUGAUACGUGAUAACAGCUUUAAAAACACUAAAGGUUAAGUCGAUGCUCCUGAAAGGUAAAAUAAUUCAAAUAAUCUUGGUAUUAGUUAAGUUAUGGAGCAACAGGUGGCUCACAUAUUCACUGUUCUACCUUGUUUUAAAGGGGGUUCGUCCUGAAUGUUAAUAGGUUACACUGUUAAAAUACAGUAGAAGGCUGAUUUUGUAGGAACAGUCCAGAUUUUUUUUAUGUUCUUGAAUGAAGUUAGUGAGCUUUUUUUAUAAUAACUGGAUGUAGGAACCAUCUGUCUGUACCAAAAAAUAGGUGUUUCCUAAAAUGCUUCUGUAAUAACCCCCUCAAUAUAAAUUCAUCGUGCUUACUGUCUGUUAGUCUUUUUUUCUUCCUGCUUCUGCAUUCAUAGAUUCUUCUGACUUUGAAAGACUUGCGUCCUUUCAAAGUAUUUUACUUAGUCAGGCAUCUGAAAUCCUGAGGUUUACCUGUGAAAUCUUGUCAAAACAGGUGGACAGUUGCACACAAUUGGAUAAAAACUAGUCCCAUGUCUAAAUUUGUCACUGAAGGUACUGGGGACAUUUUUAUUAUUGCCAACUAGUUUGAUUCAGUGCUCAUGAUAAUGGCCCAGAUCAUUUUAAACAGUUGGAACUAUAAUUAGGCUCACCUCUGUCUUGACCUGUCUGAAUGUGAUCUGAAUACAGUGCCAUGUCAUUUCAUCUCUUGUUUAACCUUGAGCAUCUUCAGUGAAGGUGACUAACUGUACGCAGUGGACAUGGCAUAAUAGGGUCCACAUGGUGUUUUGUAUGAUGAUGACCUACAUUAUAUUUUGUUUAGGCCUCUGUACGAGUAAACCGGACUAAACACUGGACUGAAGAUGUUAGCUCAAUUGUAGAGGUUUGUAUUGUAGACUGGUACUUCUGUUGCUGUCAUACUUAUAGAUUAUGUGAAAGACGUUUGGGGCCCAUCACUGACGUCUUAUGAAGUUAAUAUAUAUUUAAAUUGUAGUAGGGGUAGAAAAUAGUAUGUAUGGGACCUACACUCCAGAAGAAAAUCAAAGUAUUUACAAAGUUAUAAUCCUUAGUCUGAUGAUUUCUUACGAUAACUGAAAAGUCAACGACAAGUCAUCCUUUAACUUGCUGGAGUAAAGUAAAAGCUGACACUCUUUCCCUUUUAGUAUUUUUUUGCAUGUAUUUGUUGGAGGAUCUUGUAUACAUUUUGUUUUGGUAAAGAGAUUUUUUUUUUGUCAUUUCAGGGGUGAAAUGAAAUCAGUUUUGACUCCCUCAAUCAUACUGUAGUGUGGACUUUGUAAUGGAGUUUUAGGGCCCCAAGUCUCAAUAAAGCUGUUACACUUUUUAUAACAA